AUGGGCUGGCUUUGGCCCUGGAAGAGAAGCGACCCCUCUCCAGCUUCCUUCGAAAAGGCCCUCUCCGGCCUCUCCAAGAAGAUUGCCACCACGCAAUCUCGCCUUGAGUGGACUCGUCUGCGGUUCCGCAAGAUCAAGGUGCUGGGAACGCUGUAUACGUCCUUUGCCUAUCUGGUUGCCGUCAUUGUCCUGCUGCUGGUUGUUGGAUAUCCAAAUCUGGGGCCCAUGGACUGGACUGGCAUGGCCGGAGGUCCUGUAUUCAUCUACACUACGCGCGUGGUCAUCACAGGCUACUACAACUUUCGGAUUGAGAAUCUCGAAGCAAAGCUAAAGGCCCUUCAAGAAGAGCGGCAGGACACCAUCCAGAAGCUCAAAGAGGCAACCAAGUAUGAGUCUACUCUUGAGCUCCUUGAAAAGUAUGGUGGUGCGCAAGGCAAAGACGGCAACCCCCAGAUUAAGAUCAAGGAAGACGCUCCGCAGCAACAGCAACAGGCUGGAUUCACGCUGCCUGAAAGAACUCACAUCCCACCCCCAGCAACUGCAAACAUCCCUCGGCGUGAUCUCUCACCGGCCUCCUUCGCCAGCAGCAGGCCGGUUACCCCCCUGACCCAAAGCGUCACUUCAAACGACGAGCCGAGCGCCAUUGGCCAGCACCUGCUUCGCCCCCAGUCCGCCCAGAGCCAGCACCACGGCUUCCCGCCACCGCCGCCUCAGGCCGCCGCAGAGCCUCACUGGUACGACCGCAUCUUCGACGUCCUCCUCGGCGAGGACGAAGCCGCCGCCAAGAACCGCAUCGUCCUGAUAUGCCAAGUCUGUCGCCUGGUCAACGGCCAGGCCCCACCCGGCACCAAGAGCCUCAGCGAGCUCGGCAUGUGGAAGUGCAUGGCCUGUGGAUCGCGUAACGGCGAGAUGGAUGAGGGAAAGCGCAUAGUAAGAGAAGUUCUUAAAUCGCACGCCAAGAAGGGGGGCAAAGCAGCAGCUGCCCAGGACAACACCACCAAUACUGCCACAACUCUCGUAACUGACCUUGGUGACGAUCAAGCCGAGCCUGAAACCAGCACGGAGAGCCAGCCUACGACGCCCCUUUCCGCUGCUUCGCAGCCCCCUAGCCCCUUGGAGGACAGCCAUCCCGCAACGCUCAAACCCAGGCGUUCUACUAGAAACAAGAGGUCGUAG